AACAAAUAGAAAGAAGGAUAUUAAACAAUGAUUAGACUUUUUCCCCCUGUAACUUCAAUAAGCUUAACUUACAUGGUUUAUUUUGUAGGAUGAGCAGGUGGCCGUCAGCGAGCCAAAGUGGCUUGGGAAUUUUCUGAAGAAAACUUUCUUUAGCUUUUGUACUGAUCAUCAAUCUCGGAGGAAUGAGUUGAAUAAAUAUUGCAUAGACUGCAAUCUGUCAGCUUGCCAAUUUUGCAUAUCAUCAGGUCCCCAUCGCCAUCACAAUAUACUGAAAAUCUAUAGACAUGUUUACAAAGAUGUCGUCUGCCUUGCUGCUAUGGAAAAGCAUAUUGACUGCUCGGAAAUCCAGCCCUACAAGUGCAACAAGCGACUGGUGAUUUCUCUGUGUCCUCUCCCGCACACUGGUAGGUCAUCAAAUGACGAGGCAUCGUGCAACACCUGCAGCAGAAGGUUGACUGAACCUUAUCUGUAUCGCUACUGCUCUAUUUCUUGCAAGGCCAUAGCUGUUUCAAAGAAGCCUGAUGAUUCAAUUCCUCCCUUCAUGUCUAUCAAAGAGGAGGAAGCCUCUGAACCCCCAAAUCUUCUUGAGGUAAAAAAGGAGGAAACUUCUGAACCCUCACAUCUUCCUGAGGAGAAAAAGGAGGAAUUCCCUGAACCCUCAAUGCGGAAAAGGAAAAGAAAGGGAAUACCCCACAGAGCUCCCUUCUUCUAAGAGUCUCAAGAUCCUGAAACAUUUCGGUUUCUGGUCAUUUUUAAUAAAGUUAAUGCAACUUUAUUACUCAUCUAUUGAUUAAGUUCAGAAAAAUUCUGGAUUCUGGUUU